CCGUACCGGGAAGAGUUUUUGUUUGUUUAUAGUCUCCUCUGGGUAAUAAACAGGCUAGCCGCAGAGCCAACGCUUAGCCGACCGGUGGAGCUAACAGCUAGCACCUUUAGCACGACGUCGUCACAGUGAAGAACAGGACGGUAACGCUCAUGGCCUCCCAGAACAUGGACCCCGCAGCGGCUGCAGCUUCCAGCACCGCCGCUCUGAAAGGCAGCGACAGCGGCGGCAGCGCGGCCAGAGGCUCUGUGUCCAAACGGCUGCAGCAGGAGCUGAUGACGCUCAUGAUGUCAGGUGAUAAGGGGAUCUCUGCGUUCCCAGAGUCAGAUAAUCUGUUUAAGUGGGUUGGAACCAUCGAUGGCGCUCAGGGGACGGUGUACGAGGGCCUCAGGUACCGCCUCUCUCUGGAGUUUCCUGCCGGUUACCCGUACCAGGCCCCACGCGUAAAGUUUGUCACACCAUGUUUCCACCCCAACGUAGACGAGCACGGCUUCAUCUGCCUCGACAUCCUGAAGGACAAAUGGUCAGCGCUCUACGACGUUCGCUCCAUCCUGCUGUCCAUCCAGAGCCUGCUGGGAGAGCCGAACAACGACAGUCCUCUUAAUGGUGUGGCGGCCGAACUGUGGGACAACCAGGAAGCUUUCAGAACUCAUCUACGCUCGACCUUCCAAAAUUGAAGCUCCGCCUCCUCAUGUUCGUCUGUCUUCCGUGUUUGUAUCAUAUUUUUAUGUUUGUCAAUAAAGUUCUUAAUUCAA